GAACAAUGAGAAAAGAAAACCGGAGUCGGAGUCGGAGUCGUCGGAGAGCGUCCGUAGUCCGGAAUAAGAAUGUCGGAGAGGCUGUAUUGGAGAACUGUGUACCUGAAGAGGAAGAAGCAUUUAUGAAACGGAGAAAAAUACAAUCUCCCUCUGGUACUGCUAAACGGCGAGUUAACGAGGAUUUUUGUCCUCUGUACACGAGCAUAAUAUAAGCAUUUCCGCUUGGAGAGAAAAAGAAAAGUCACCGCUAUGCCUACCCGGUUGACGGAAAAUAACUUCGAGUGUCGGGUGAGUUCUGUGCUGAACAGGAACGUUCAGUCUUACGGCAAGAUGUAUAUGUUUGAUAACUGCAGCGAAACGUGUUGGAAUUCCGACGCGGGAAGUCCACAGUGGGUUCUCGUUACGUUCGAGGAGGAAUGUGGUCUCUCGAGCUUCGAGGUGGAAUUCCAGGGUGGAUUCGCUGGGAAGAAUUGCCGUAUAGAGGCCGGUAAUGACAAGAAGGAGCUGGCGUUUGUCGAAACUUUUUAUCCGGAGGACAAGAACAAGCCGCAGCGAUUCGACUUGAAGAAUCGGAUCAGAGCCAAGGUCUUUAAAUUUGUAUUCGACGAGAGCUACGAUUUCUUCGGCAGGAUCAUCAUAUAUGAUUUAUCGUUGUACUCGUGAUAUCUCGUCUAUUAUCUUAUAAAUGGUAUAUUCCAUCGGAUUGCCAGUGUUGAUAUAAGAAAAUUUCAGAUUUCAAUCGACCUCAGCUGGCCACAUUCAUUGAAUACGCCUUCACAACACUUCGACCUUUGAUUUGCAGUGAAGUGGCUCUUGUUUCUGAGCACCGCUCGCCAAAUUGUGGCUGUAAUUUCAUUUGACAAACUCCGCAACAAGGUAGACCGACAAUCUUUCUGCGAUACUGUUACAAUUCGUUUGUACUUCUCACGUAAAUUGUAUAUGUAAAACAUUUACUCCUGGAUCUCACAAAAGGACCUAAACCAAAGGUUGAAGCAUUACGAGGGCGUAUUCAAUAAAUGUGGCCAGCUGAGGUCGAUUAAAAUUUGAAACUUAUCUUGUAAUUUUGUAUAUUAUAAAAUUUGUUGGUACAUAAAUUUGUAGGAGACGAUUAGAUUUAUACAAUUUUUGUAGAAAAAUCUGUAUCCUGAUAAAACUUAGGAUGUUACAACUUUUUGGCUUUGCCAGUUAUAAUACAUAAAAGAGUUUUCUGU